AUGACCAAACCUCAAUCAACCUUCACGGCGGCGACUGGUAUCGCGCCUCCUACUCUGGUCAUUACUUCUACCGACCAAAGAAAAAAACGCCACGGAACUCCAACCACAAUACUUUCCCUCGACGGCGAUAUCCUUUGUACUAUCUUCACUUUCCUCAACAUGUUCGACCUUGUUCGCUGCUCUCUCGUUUGCAAAUUCUGGAAUGCAAUCCUUGAGUCUAGAUCGUUGCGAGAGUUUUACGAGAAGAAGUUGCUGAAGGAUCCUUCGAGUUCAUCUGAAUUGACUAAAAAGUCCUUGAGAGUGGUUUUAGGGGAAGUAGCUAUGGAGCAACAUAGAUUGGCGCUUCAAUGUGGCACAUUUCACGUUGAUCAGUGGAAGGGUCAUUCAACCGCGGUUUCUCAGUGUAGAAUGAAAAUGGGUACGGUUGUUACUGGUGUGGGAGAUAAGGUUAUUCGUCUCUGGUCAUUAGACCGCUAUAAAUGUGAAGAAGAAUACCCGGUACCCGAUACGCUACCUCUAGUUGACUUCGAUUUUGACGAAAGCAAGAUUGUUGGUCUAAUUGGAAGUCGUUUGUGCAUAUGGAGGCGGAAUGGGAAAAGAAGUGUAUUUCCUUCUCUUGAAGGCAAAUUCGUAACAGGUUCAUGCAUGCGUUACUUUGAUCCAGAAGCUAUGGUUGGAUUUGAUGACGGGGCUGUUCGUGUUUUUGACAUGUAUAGUAGGAGAUGUUCUCAAAUAAUAAGAAUGCAUUCUUCACCUAUAACUUGUUUAUGUUUAAGUGAAGAUCAACUGAUACUAAGUGGCUCCACUUCAGGGAAUAUAACAAUAUCAGAUCCUUCUUCUGUUCAGAAAGUAGCAAGACUUAGAUCAAGCGAUUUAAGAGGCAUAAAGACCUUGUGUUUAAAACCCUCAUCUCAGCUUCUGUUUGCUGGAUCAGCUGUUGGGUAUACAUAUUGCUGGGACAUGAGGACAAGGAGACUCUUGUGGGAGAAGCGAGUGAGUCCUAAUGUUGUUUACUCUUUACAGCACAUGCAGAAUGACAAAUCAACAUUGGCUGUUGGAGGAAUAGAUGGUAUCUUAAGAUUUGUAAAUCAAAAUGAUGGUAAUAUUGUUUCAAGUUGUAUUAUGGAUGAUAAAUUGUGGGCAACAUAUCAAAGUCAUUCGGGCAGUAUCCGAAGAACGAAUGGGAAGAGAUUGCCUGAGGACACCUACAUAAAUAUUGAUGUCAUUCCGAAGAAUUCUCGACCUUCGAUUACAUGCCUUGCUGUUGGAAUGAAGAAGAUUGUUACCACACAUAAUGCCAGAGACAUCAGAUUGUGGAAAUUGAAAGACAAAAAUAUCUGUACACUGUAA